AUUCGUUGUCAAUAAUAUGUUUCCAUUUCUCUUUGUUGUUCUCCUCUCCUUGUCAUGGAGAAUUAAUGCUUCAGCUCUGCCUGUUCAGGAAUUUCUUCAUUGCCUUUCCCUUCGUUCUCCGAACUCGUCUAUUGCAAAACUCGUUUACACACAAAAUAAUUCGUCAUACUCCUCUGUUUUGAAGUCAGCUGCUCAAAAUUUCAGGUUCACAACACCAUCUACGCCUACACCUUUGGCCAUUGUAACGCCACUGCAUGCAUCCCACAUCCAAGCUGCAGUUUAUUGUUGCAGAAAGCAUGGACUUCAAGUCAGGACUCGAAGUGGGGGUCAUGACUUUGAGGGUCUUUCUUAUGCUUCAGCUUAUAAAGUUCCGUUUGUUGUGAUCGAUUUGGUGAAUCUUCGAUCGGUUCGGGUUAACGUUGAAAAAGCUACAGCAUGGGUUGAAUCUGGUGCAACUGUUGGUGAACUGUACGAUGAAAUUGCUCGGAAAAGUAAAACUCUUGGCUUUCCAGCUGAUAAUGUAAUCGAUGCUCGUUUAAUUGAUGUUAAAGGGAGAAUUCUUGAUAAAAAAUCCAUGGGAGAAGAUUUGUUUUGGGCCAUUCGUGGAGGUGGUGGUGGUACCUUUGGGAUAGUCCUUGCUUGGAAAUUGAAAUUGGUCGCAGUUCCAGCUAAUGUUACAGUUUUUACAGUGAGGAAAACGUUAGAGCAAAAUGCGACCAAACUUGUUCAUCGGUGGCAGUCUAUUGCGCACAAGUUUCCCAAAGAAAUGCACCUGAGCAUUGCCAUAGCAAGGGCGAAUUCAAGUGAAGAUGAGGAGAAGAUGACAAUUCAAGCAAGUUUUACUUCCACGUUUCUUGGAAGCAUUGAUGAGCUUAUUCCAUUGAUGGAAGAGAAAUUCCCUGAACUUGGACUAGUGAAAGAAGAUUGCUUGGAGAUGAGUUGGGCUGAAUCUAAUCUCUACUCUUUCCUAUUUUUACUCAGAUCACCAUCGGAAACUUUACUUAAUAGGAAUCAAAAGUCAUCUAUUUCAAAAACAUUCUUCAAAGCAAAAUCUGACUUCGUAAAACAGCCCAUUCCUGAAUCGGCAUUUGAAGGAUUGUGGUCCAAGUUUUACGAGGAUGAAGCAAAAUCUGCAAUUAUGGUAUUUGUGGCUUUUGGGGGCAAAAUGGAUGAGAUUCUUGAGACCGAAUAUCCAUAUCCUCACAGAGCUGGUAACCUCUACACCAUCUUAUACACAGUAGAUUGGGAAGAAAAGGAAAAUAUAAACUCUGAAAAGUUCAUGAGUUGGAUGCGGAGAGUUUACAAUUACAUGACCCCAUACGUUUCAAAAUCUCCACGAGAAGCAUAUAUUAAUUACAGAGAUCUUGACAUUGGGACGAACAAAAUUAACAACCGCAAGAGAAGCUAUGCAAAAGCUAGAGUUUGGGGUGUUAAAUAUUUUAAGAACAACUUCAAUAGGUUAGUGAAUGUAAAGACAAUAGUUGAUCCACAAAACUUCUUCAGACAUGAACAAAGCAUCCCUCCUCUUUUCUUAUUGUGGAAACGGAGCGACCAUAAAAAGCACUUAAGCUCAUAG